UGACUGAGACAGUUCAUUUUUAUAGCUUUAAUCCUCAUCUACCACUGACACAGCCAAUGCUAGUGUGUGGUGGUGUGUUUUCCCCAUGCUGACUGACAUCGUGAAACUGCUGUGGAUGCAAUAGAGUGAAUUGAAGCGCAGACGCUUCGUGCUUUUGAAAAAUUUGAGCCGGCAACAAACAGCUGCAUCUGACGAAAAGAUGAAUUCCACAACAUCCCAGACCACAUUAUCCACCGCCGCCAUGACGACCAAGAACUCCUCAGUGACAGCUUCAAAAGAAUACCACACUUCCCUCCUGACCAUCUAUUCUGUGGUUCUGCUCUGCGGGACCGUCAGCCUCAGCCUGAUGAUGCACAUCCUGAAAUCCAGCACAGUAUCCACCACCUCCAUAGCCGUGUUCAACCUGAUGUUUGCCCAUUUCAUCUUCCUCCUCACGGUGCCCUUCAGGAUUUACUACUAUGCAAAUCAAACCUGGAACUUGAGCUAUGAAUGGUGCAAAAUGGUGAGCGCCAUGAUCCACAUCCAUAUGUACAUGUCCUAUGUUCUCUAUGUGAUUGUUCUGGUCUCACGUCUUUUGACGUUCUACAACAGAGCUAGACAAGUUGCAUCCAUCCAGAGGAUGCACGCACUCAUUGGCAGUGUUUUGGUGUGGAUUAUCGUGCUCGUCACCACCACUUUAGUCAUCCAUAAUCAUUAUGGCAACAACAAAAAUGGAACUGACCACCAGAACAUCACCACACAGAACAUUUGCUUCAAGUUCGGCAAAAACAUAAAGGAGUUCACGGCGUUCAACUACAUUCUCAGUACAUUGGUCAUAGUGGUGGCUCUGGUGCUGACGGCCCUCCAAGCCAACGUCCUACGGGUUUUAUACAGGAAGUAUCAUCAGACGUGCACCUCUCAGCAGGAGUUUGUGGCUCAGGUGAAGAGCCUCUUCUUUGCCCUGAUCAUGGUGGUCUGCUUCGUUCCCUACCACAUUUUUCGGAUCUAUUACUUAACCAACGUAAAUUUGGAGAACCUCAAUGAGCUGUUUCUGAGUCUGACCACUUUUAAUUGCUUGGACAUGCUCACAUUCCUGGGUAGAAGAACCUGCACCAGGUGCUUCCCAGGAAGAGCUGUUUGAGAGCUUUUACAUCUACUGAGUGCAUGUAAACAUCAGUUGUGAUCACUGUGUAUUUGCUGUAUUGUAUUUGGUAUAUUGAAUGUAAAAAACAAAUGAUGGGACUUGUUACAAUUUUUUUGUAUUAUUUUGUUGUUAUUGGUAUUUAAGUUGUGUUGAUAGUUAAGUUAAAAGUGAUGGGGCAUCUAGAGACGGAGAUGAUGUUGGCUGCAGUGGAUAUCUGCAUCAAAAGUAAAAGGACUGAGCAUGUACCGUUAACUGUAUUUCUUUUGAGCAAAAUACUGAACAAAUUAUUAUUUAAAAAAAAGCACCAGGAGGACAUUUUCAUUUGUGUCUGAGCUGAAGUAGAUGUUUUCACGCCAUCUUCUGGUCUGUGUUUGCACAACAUGUGGUUCAAACUUGGAUUUUGUGACUUCACAUGAGUGAAUUUGAUGUCUAGAUUAACCAUGAAUUUAACCCUAAAUAUUUAUGUGAAAUAGUGAAAAGUAACUGGAAAUGUGAAUGGAAAUAAA